GGUCUUUCCAAAUGAUGCAACUCAUUACCUAAGCUAUAAAUUGCUAGUAGUUCAAGGGAUUAAGCACCACCACUUUGGCUAUUAGAUCUCCAACAUUUGUUUCCUUUAUUUUCCUUUAGGAUAACGUUCAUUAUAGUAAUGGAGCGUGCCAGAUUUGUUGUCCCAGGCCACGUCCUAAAACAGGCGGUACCGGUACCGGUUCAAGCCCCGAACCACGAUCGCUCCCACCCCGCUAAUCCGCUAUCUUCGACUCAAUAUAAAGCGGGUGGUACUACAAAGACUACCGAGCCUUUGCCGCGUUCUUCGAAUGUGAAAAAGGUACCCUCUUUCGAGUCAACGAAUGGACAUUGCGGCUCCGGUGGCAAUGUCCGUGGGUCUAGUAAGGAUGUUGGUGAUGAUGAUGUUGAUAUGAAAGCUACAAGCUAUAUUUUGAAGGUUAAAGAGCGAAUCAGGCUGGAAGAAUUGAAAAUUUUAAAUGAAAAGAAGUGAAAUUUGGUGUGUAAGUUAAAUAAGGACUCGAUGAGUAAGUAUAUUUAUAAACUCUAAAACGGGUCUCCGGUCCCUAUUUCACACGGGGAUGGUUCUUCCAAUUUGAAUGGUUGCAUCACUAAUGAAUUGUGUAUAAAGGUGAUGAUACAUUUUCUCUUUGUAUUGUAUUUCAUGUUUCAAAUCUUCGGAUAUGCUACUCUCAUAAAUCUAUCGGGUUUGUCAUCCAUUUUGAUAUGGCGAAGACCUCCUUUCAAGCCACCGCCAUCUACAUCUAUUACGUAUAUUAUUAUGUCCAAUCUAUGUCCUUUUUAUACUAUACUUUGAAUGGUUUUUUAACUUAACCUAAAUUUUCA